CCUUCCUCUAGUCGGGCUGCGGGGCUGCGCUAUAUCCUACAGGGAUGCUGGCGCUUGGUCCCAUUGCGCCUUCUCGUUUCCUCGCAUGCUCGAGGCUUCUUUCCUUCUGCAAUACGGCAGCUCGCUUUGGAGCCGCUCCCCGUGACGACGACGACGACAACAUCCCUCGUUGACUACUAUACGAUCAACUCAGACUACCUUGCGAGGUUCUGUUCGCGAUCCUGACAUCUUCCCUCGUCCUCACUACUCAGAUGAGCCCAAGUCGACUAUGGAUCGCCCACCACCCUACCAACGUCCGCCAGACGGCCCUGUGAACUACCACCCGCAGACGACGCAAGCGUAUCCAGGCUACCCGCCAGCCUCGCAACCGCAACAACAGCCGCCCCACGCUGCCUACACCGUCGACCCGUACUCGAUGCCCCGUCGCGACCCAUUCCUCCCGUCAGGACCACAACAUGCUCGAGGCAGUAGUCAAGGACGGUCCGCUGGUAACAACGCGCCGCAAGGCCAGGCUGAGGGGCAAGGACAGGGUAGUUGGUCAAAUACAGGUAGGUCUACAUCUUUGCCCAUGUCUUCAAGAGCACAUCUGCGCAGUGCACAGGCCAGGGACAAAGCAUCAGUAGUGUAGUCUGGACUUGUUUGCGCAUUUUUGUAGCUCUUACCAGUCACAAAGGUGCUCAAGUCACCCAGGCUGCAUUUUGACCUGAGUGUCUCAGUCCCUGUGGCACCGCUCGCGUGGCUGUCUGGGUGGUGGAAAGCCAGGCAAGAGACGGUAGUGGGAAGACGUUGGCUGCAUUGACGUGCGGCAUGACACGUCAAUUGCGAAAAAGCACUUCACUGCCCCUCUCGUCAUAUGAAUGCAAGCAAAUGCAGGCAGUGUUUCCCUACUAGUGUCGCCAUAGCAUCCCGAGCCACACCAACCGAGCAUUUGGGUUGCAGAACGGUGCGCGCAUUUGUCGGUGGAGUUGGCAUGGGUCUGGCGAAUUCUAUGGCGCACUCCGCAGAUGUGGCUCCUAGCUAAUGCACGAUCCGCGGGCCUCUAAACCUCUUUCGAAAAGUCGCGACUCAAUGUCCGAGCUUGUGCUGAUCCAUGUC